GUUCGAUGAAGUGGGAUGGACUUUCAUCAUCGGUACAUGUUUCAUGUUUUUGAUUUCCAAUUUCAAGUAGCGUUUUCAUAACUUUAAAUAACAUGCGUAUAGAAACGUGUUAUUUUUGUUCAUCUCGGAUUUAUCCGGGACAUGGAAUUCAAUUUGUCAGAAAUGAUUGUAAAAUAUUCAAAUUUUGUCGCUCGAAGUGUCAUGCUGCCUUUAAAAAGAAGAAAAAUCCAAGAAAAGUCAGAUGGACAAAAGCGUAUAGGAAAACUGUUGGUAAAGAAUUGGGUGUGGAUCCAUCAUUUGAAUUUGAAAGGAAGAGGAAUAUUCCCAUUAAAUAUAACAGAGAAUUAUGGAACAAGACAGUAGAGGCAAUGAAGAAAGUAGAAGUAAUCAGGCAAAGGAGACAAAAUCUACACAUAAUGCAACGGUUACGUAAAGGACGUGUAUUGGAACAAGAAAGAGACGUAAAAGAAGUUCAACGGGACCUCUCUCUUAUAAGAUCUCCUGCUGCUGGUCUUAAGGAAAGAAAGAAAUUAGAAGAAGUAGCAGAACAAGAAGAAAGGAUGGAAGAUUCCAAUGAUGAACAAGAGCCACAAGAAGUAGAAAUUAAUUAAUUAAUUUAAUUCCCUAUGUUAUAUUUAUAGAACCAUUUGUCUAAUCAACACAUUCGUUUAUUUCAUGUUUCACAAUAUUUUAUUAUUAUAGUUCAUGAUUUCUAUGAAAUUACAUUACUAAUCAUUUUUAUAAUAGUGAAAUAUGAUUAUUGAAAACUUGUAAAUACAGCUUUCUUAUUAUUAAACGAAAAUAAAUAUAUUAUAUUUUCA